AGACAACCAGACAAGGGAGUCUUAUAAGUGAAAAGCCCGCCCCUCAAAACGUGAUAAUGAUAUAGAGACAAUUGAGUGGCCACGCUCCGCGGUUCUUUCCCACUCUUUAGCCUAUUUAUAGUUGCUCUUAAUUUUUCUGAAAACUCUCCAAUUUCAAAUCACAUCCCUUCGAUUCUUUUUCAUUAUCUUUUACUCUCUUAUCUUCUUCAACCUUGAAACUCUUCGAAUUCCACCUAAAUAGCUUUAAGCAGAAUGGGGAGUAAUGAUGGAGUUGACUAUGGUGCUUACACCUAUGACAAGCUUGAGAGGGAGCCGUACUGGCCGUCCGAAAAGUUGAGGAUUUCAGUCACUGGAGCUGGUGGUUUCAUUGGGUCCCACAUUGCUCGACGGCUGAAACGUGAAGGGCACUAUGUCAUUGCUUCUGAUUGGAAGAAGAAUGAGCACAUGACUGAGGACAUGUUUUGUAAUGAAUUCCAUCUUGUUGAUCUUAGGGUGAUGGACAAUUGCUUGAAGGUCACGAAAGACGUAGAUCAUGUGUUUAACCUUGCUGCUGAUAUGGGUGGCAUGGGUUUCAUCCAGUCAAAUCACUCUGUUAUUAUGUAUAACAAUACAAUGAUCAGUUUCAACAUGAUUGAGGCAGGCAGGAUCAACAAUGUUAAAAGGUUCUUCUAUGCUUCAAGUGCGUGCAUCUACCCUGAGUUCAAGCAGUUAGAAACUGACAAUGUUAGUCUUAAGGAGGCUGAUGCUUGGCCUGCAGAGCCACAAGACGCAUAUGGCUUGGAAAAACUUGCCACUGAGGAGCUGUGCAAGCAUUACACCAAAGAUUUUGGAAUUGAAUGCCGAAUUGGAAGGUUCCACAACAUUUAUGGUCCUUUUGGCACUUGGAAAGGUGGUAGGGAGAAGGCUCCAGCUGCAUUUUGUAGGAAGACUCUUACCUCUACUGAUAAAUUCGAGAUGUGGGGUGAUGGUUUGCAGACUCGAUCUUUCACUUUCAUUGAUGAAUGUGUGGAAGGUGUACUUAGACUGACCAAGUCAGACUUCCGGGAGCCAGUGAAUAUUGGAAGUGAUGAGAUGGUUAGUAUGAAUGAGAUGGCUGAGAUUGUAUCGAGUUUCGAGGAUAAGAAGCUUCCAAUCCAUCAUAUUCCUGGCCCAGAGGGUGUCCGUGGUCGUAAUUCGGAUAACACACUGAUUAAAGAGAAACUUGGCUGGGCCCCGACCAUGAAGUUGAAGGAUGGGCUAAGGAUAACUUACUUCUGGAUCAAGGAGCAAAUCGAAAAAGAAAAGGCUAGAGGUGUGGACCUGUCAGUUUAUGGGUCAUCUAAGGUGGUGAGCACCCAAGCUCCAGUUCAGCUCGGCUCCCUACGCGCUGCUGAUGGCAAAGAAUGAUGCAUUUCUUUCUGGGCAGUAAAGCCAUGAUUGUUUUAGGUUAUAUGGGCAUUGCUUUUGUUUUAUAGAUAGUCAUAUGCCUUUUCUCUAUGCUAUAGGAUUGAAUUUUUAGUCACUAUCCUUAUCAAAAUGUUCAUCUCGACAGAAUAUUGCCCUGCUCUGGCAUAUCAAUGAAGUAACAUCAUAUUAUUUUUCA